CCGCGUGAAGAGGAACAAUAGAACGAUUAUAAUAAAACUGUGUGUCGAAUCUGAAUCGAAAUUACGCGAGUGAUCCCGCAAAAUCCAAGUGAAACAUUUUUGACGCCACCACGGAAUUUUUAGGAUCCGCGCAAAGCCAAUGUGUAUCGGGUACUCUUGUGGCUCCAGGAGGUGUUGUAUCAUUCCCAGGUGAACCGGCAGGCGCCUUGGAGCCAGUUCUUGUGUCUGGUCCGGCGCCCCUUACCAUGAACCAGUUGGGCACCGUGUAUGCCACCAAAAGGCGCCGGCGGAAUGGGAAAAGUUUGAAACCAGCACCAAAGGACGGAGUAACCAAGAGCAAUCCAAGCAAAAGACACCGAGAAAGGUUGAACGCCGAAUUAGACAACUUGGCCAGUCUACUGCCUUUCGAACAGAACAUCCUCUCAAAACUGGACCGGCUUUCUAUUCUUCGUCUUUCAGUCAGUUAUUUACGCACCAAAAGUUAUUUCCAAGUGGUCAUGCACAAAGAAAAAGACGACGGAGGUGGCUUACAUCGGUCCAGAGAUCUCACUGCUUUCGAUCAUACACCAUUGGAUGGGGAAAUGUUUCUUCAGGCUCUAAAUGGGUUUCUGAUGAUUCUAACAUGUGAAGGUGAAGUUUUUUUUGCAACGCACAGUAUAGAAGGAUAUUUAGGAUUUCACCAGUCGGACAUAGUCCACCAAUCAGUAUACGAAUUAGUACAUUCUGAGGAUCGAGAGGAGCUCCAAAGGCAGCUUAUGUGGAAUUCCUUUCUUCCACCAGAAUCUGGAAAUAUGGGUCUUCAAGAUGUUUUGUUGCCAGAACAUUGCAAUUUAUUAGAAAGAAGUUUUACGGUGCGCUUCCGCUGUUUAUUAGAUAAUACUUCCGGUUUUUUGCGUUUAGACAUUAGAGGUAGAGUCAAAGUCCUCCAUGGUCAAAAUCGUAAAUUAGAAGAGCCACCUUUAGCCCUCUUCGCGAUUUGCACUCCAUUUGGACCGCCGUCGUUAUUAGAAAUUCCACAAAAAGAAGUCAUGUUCAAAAGUAAGCAUAAGUUGGAUCUCUCGCUGGUUUCGAUGGAUCAAAGGGGUAAAAUGUUACUAGGAUAUUCAGAUUCUGAACUCGCCAACAUGGGUGGCUACGAUUUGGUUCACUAUGAUGAUUUGGCCUAUGUGGCGAGUGCACACCAAGAACUUCUCAAGACAGGUGCUUCAGGAAUGAUCGCAUAUAGAAUCCAAACCAAAGAUAGACAAUGGCAAUGGCUCCAAACCAGCUCAAGACUUGUGUACAAAAAUUCUAAACCUGAUUUCGUGAUAAGCACACAUCGUCCUCUUAUGGAAGAAGAGGGCCGAGAUUUACUAGGAAAACGGACGAUGGACUUCAAGGUGAGCUACUUGGAUGCUGGUCUUCCAAACAACUACUUCACAGAAUCCGAUCAAAUAUUGAGCAGCGCAUCUAACGUGACUUCCCACAGUGUUCCCGUCGUUCCCUCAAGAGUGAACAAACGUUACAAAACGCAGCUCAGGGACUUUUUGUCCACUUGUCGGACGAAACGCAAACUUUCUCAUACCUCAAACGGCCAAGUGACCCCACCAUCGAACAACUCCGUUUCAACAGCGGUAGUGCCGCCAAUGCCUGCUGUUGAAUACAUCGCAUCAGAUGGUUGUUCGGCUGCUUACAACAUGUAUGCUUCCCCAUAUUCCACGCCAUCCUCGGAUCAUAGUCUGCCAUACAUGGGUCACACAAAUUUUCAGCACACUCUUUACCCUAGUCCAGCUGCCUUAGAAAACCGGUACCUUACAGCGACCGAUAACUUAUUUCAUCAAUAUAGACCGCUGAGCACUUACUAUCCAGAUUAUCACCACACCACAGCAUCAACCCCAUAUGUUGGAAACAGCUUCUUGGAUAUGUCGUCUAGAACAACAUCGGUUCCUACUUACGACCAUGCAUCAUCAGCUUCCUCUCACCACUCUUCUUACCGGACUACCGUUAUGCCAGUGGAUGAAAAGUUGUACCCUUGUCCUCAAGUGUUAGAUUCCACGUCAAACAAAUACCCUCCUUACAUGGACAGUUCUAGAGGAUAUGUAGUAGCUGGUUCUGCAAAAUGCCUGGACGUCAGUUGGCCUUAUUCAGUGAGUCCAUCGUCAGGGAUCAUUCAACCUGUACAGGUAGUUAGCACACAAUUGGAUUUAGCUCAAAAGCCAUGUGGAAAGCUCUCUAAACAUUCCUCCAUUGAUGGCAUAUCCCCAAACCACUCAUCUCCCCCUCUAUCGGCAGGUCUAAUAACUCCCAAAAUGGAAGAUGUUAAAACCGAUGGAUCUUUGCUUCAAACAGACAACUCUCAUCAUAUUGCAAUGAACCAAAACUCUGUAACUCCUCAACAUUUCUCGCCGAUCCUCACCAGUGUUUCAGAGGUUCCAAGGCAAACCGUUUUGAUGUGGGGUUCAAACCACAUAGCACCUGGGAAUAACCGAUCUCCAUCAACAAGCCAUGGAUAUUCAACACCACAACCCUCAGAUACUUGUGAUUCUUUAGCGAAUAUGACGGACAUUGGUAACACAGAUAUGUGUAAGUGGAACGGGGAAUCCAAUAAGACUGAUACAUCAAUGCAAAAUGUAGAACCUGAAAGUCCACAACAGCAUCAUUCGAACCACCACAAUAACCAUCACAAUAAUAGGGUGGUUAUGGUUCUAUGAUGAAUAGUAUACAUACAAAUUGUAAAUAUGUCAUUGAUAAUAUCAAAGAGCGUGCAAAUACUUCUAUUCGACACAUGUUACCUUUUCCAGAAAGAAAUGUAAAAAACUUGUUUUUUCUGUAAAAAAUAUUGGCCUUUGUCGUAUCAGAAUCAGAUUUUCUUGUCUGUAUAUCAUGAAGGUUGUCGAAGAAGAGUAAGUUUUAUUCUUAACUUUUGGUAUAAGAAGAUUAAAGCCUAUAUCACAUGAAUUUACCGAAACAUAUCUUCCUGCAAAUGUAUUUUGUUGUCGUUGUCUUCGAAUUUAGAAUUUCCAAUUGUAUUUAGAGAUACUGAGAUAUUUGUAAACAAAGAAUAAAAUUCGUUUUUACUCAAUUAGAAGGGUAACUUAUAAGAGUGAAACUGAAGCAUCAUUCCAUUUCUUGUUUCUUUUACAGUGAACCUAUGCUAGUCAUUGAAAUGUUUAUUUAUAUAAUAAUAUAUUGUUAUACGAAAUGAGUCGCAGUAGUAGAUCAAACUGGUAGUUCAAAUUUUCGAUUUUUCAUACGAAUAUUAAUGUCUGAUGUUCUUAUUUUGCCGAAUGUAAAAAAAAUUCAGUUUUGAAAUAUUGUACAAUAAAGAUUUAAUAUAAAUAUUCUAUUAGCUGAAUGUACUGUGUAUGAAAAAUAUAUGAAAUAUUUAAAUAAAUGAAAAGUUAUAUUA